AUGACUCAGUCGUCGUCGUGUUCUGGUCGUGUUUGCCGCUGUUGCUAUGGCGAAAUAGCCGAGGUUGUCACUCACGUGGAUGGACUAUACACUCUGCAGACGAAGCGGCAGGGCACAGCGCACCAGCUGAACGUCAUCUGGCGUGUUUUAGGUGAACAGUUGGAGGAAAUGCUCAUCAAGAAGCGGUCCGCGAUUGUGUUAGACUUUCUGCAUGCGAGCAUGAAGGUACAACACAUCACGCUGUUCAACAAUUCCACCGCCAUCCAACUGAAGCCGCAGCUCAUGCUGCUGCCAGACUUCACAUCAAAGUUUCACCUCAAAAAUGUUCUAGAGAUGCAUGAUGCACACUAUCACGCAACUGUUCCCAACGCGGUCAGUUACCUUACCAUCGCCUCCAUCGCUGGUACGAAUCGCUUCGUCGUCGAGGCGGCCGUGAAGGACUCGGUGCGCGAGAUUGGAAAGUACCUGCAGCGCAACGCCGCCUCCACACUGACGAUUGACAUUGGUGUAGGAUUCUUGGAGUUCAAAGACCGAACGUAUCGAAUGAAGUGGAGCUCAGAGUUCCUGGCUCGGAUGAAGGCAUCCGUUGGCGCGGCGGAGGUGGUAACGCCAUACGACCCGCCGUCCAUGACGGUCGGCGGCCCUACGGCACCGUGCCGCUUUCAGAAGGGAUGUACCUCAGAAAACCGGCUGCAGAGCCAGGUUCGGGACACUGUGCUGGCUGAGUCACGGUUAACGGCGGCCGAGUUGAAUGAUGGCAUGGGCAGCUCCUCGUAUCGCAGAGUCCACUGGUAA